GCGGGAGGAAGAGGAGGGGGUAACCGGGGGUCAGGUCCGCGGACUGUGCCUGUGCUGUCCUGUCCGUGUUUAAUGCACGGCGCAGAGCGUCUUAUACCCUCCCGGUACACAUGACGCUGCCCAUUCCGUUAGAGGGUCUCUGUAGCCUUUUUACAGGACCCCUCUCUUUUUAAAAUAUUGUUUUUAAAUGAUUUUAAAUUAAUUUAUUAACGUCGAAGGCGCCGGAGGGACCGAGCUUACUAGCUAAUACGUAAACCAUUCAUCAAAGACUGUGCCUACGGAUAGGCCUCAUCCCCGGUGUGUCGUACAACCUGAGGCCGCGGGCCCUUUUCCAAGAGACGAGAGAAAAGAGGAAGGAAAGACCCCUGUAUCUGUGUUGUGUGUGUUCGCAUCUUGGAGGAGGAGAGCCGCACAUCUGGGGGAGGAGCUCGACUGCACAAUAGGAGCCGGAGCCCUAUUCUUUUAUUUCUCUGCUUCAUUUAUUAAUACGCAUUUUUACUGCAUUUCUCUGGGAGGAGGACCGAAAAGAUGUCUAAAUCUGCCGGAGGAGGAGGAGCAGCUGGAGGGGGAAGCGGGGGGCUCACCUGGGUGACCCUGUUUGAUCAGAACAAUGCCGCCAAAAAAGCAGAAGAAGCUGAAAGCAAUAAUAAGAAUGACUCCAAAAAAAUGUCCGUAGAAAGAGUUUACCAGAAGAAGACGCAGCUGGAACAUAUACUGCUCCGACCGGACACAUACAUUGGGUCUGUGGAGCCGGUAACACAGACAAUGUGGGUUUAUGAUGAAGAUAUUGGAAUUAAUUGUCGCGAUAUUACUUACGUGCCAGGAUUAUACAAGAUAUUUGAUGAAAUUCUUGUCAAUGCUGCUGACAAUAAACAGAGAGACAAAAAUAUGAGCUGCAUUAAAAUUUCUAUUGAUCCCGAGUCAAAUAUAAUCAGCAUAUGGAACAAUGGCAAAGGGAUUCCAGUGGUGGAACACAAGGUGGAGAAGAUGUAUGUCCCAGCAUUAAUUUUUGGACAGCUUUUAACUUCCAGCAACUAUGAUGAUGAUGAGAAGAAAGUUACAGGUGGUCGUAAUGGUUACGGUGCCAAGCUUUGCAAUAUAUUUAGUACCAAAUUCACAGUUGAAACUGCAUGCAAAGAAUACAAACACAGCUUUAAACAGACAUGGUCAAAUAAUAUGCUAAAAUCCACUGAGCCCAAGAUAAAACACUUUGAUGGCGAUGACUACACGUGUAUUACAUUCCAGCCCGACCUGGCCAAAUUUAAAAUGGAGAAACUGGACAAGGACAUUGUGGCCCUCCUGACACGGCGGGCGUACGAUGUUGCCGGCUCUUGCAAAGGCGUAAAAGUCAUGUUGAAUGGGAAAAAACUUCCAGUGAACGGAUUCCGUAGCUACGUAGAUCUUUACGUAAAGGACAAACUAGAUGAAACUGGCGUCUCGCUGAAAGUUAUUCACGAAGUUGUGAAUGAACGGUGGGAUGUAUGCUUAACCUUGAGUGAGAAGGGAUUCCAGCAAAUCAGUUUUGUAAACAGUAUCGCUACCACAAAGGGUGGUAGGCAUGUAGAUUAUGUUGUUGACCAAAUUGUCUCGAAACUCAUUGAAGUUGUGAAGAAGAAAAACAAAGCUGGGGUUUCAGUGAAGCCUUUCCAGGUGAAGAAUCACAUUUGGGUUUUUGUCAAUUGUUUGAUUGAAAACCCCACCUUUGACUCCCAGACAAAAGAAAACAUGACUCUUCAGCCCAAGAGUUUUGGUUCAAAGUGUCCACUGUCUGAAAAAUUCACUAAAGCGGCUUCAAAUUGUGGCAUAGUGGAGAGUAUCUUGAAUUGGGUUAAAUUCAAGGCCCAGACGCAGCUAAACAAGAAAUGUUCAUCUGUGAAACACAGUAAAAUAAAAGGCAUCCCCAAACUGGAUGACGCCAACGAUGCUGGUGGCAAACAUUCCCUCGACUGCACUCUGAUUUUAACGGAGGGAGACUCUGCCAAAUCCCUGGCAGUUUCUGGCUUGGGGGUCAUAGGAAGAGAUCGGUAUGGUGUGUUUCCUCUCAGAGGGAAAAUCCUCAACGUCAGAGAAGCCUCCCACAAACAGAUUAUGGAAAACGCCGAGAUCAACAAUAUUAUUAAAAUUGUUGGAUUGCAAUACAAAAAAAGCUAUGAUGAUCAAGAAUCCCUUAAAACAUUGCGCUAUGGCAAGAUUAUGAUCAUGACAGAUCAGGAUCAAGACGGCUCUCACAUCAAAGGCUUGUUGAUUAACUUUUUCCAUCACAACUGGCCGUCCCUGUUGAAACACAGUUUUCUGGAGGAGUUCAUUACCCCUAUUGUCAAGGCAACUAAAAAUAAGCAGGAGCUCUCGUUCUACAGUAUUCCAGAGUUUGAUGAGUGGAAAAAGCAAACGGAUAGUCAAAAAACCUGGAAGAUAAAGUAUUACAAAGGUUUGGGUACAAGCACUGCUAAGGAAGCCAAAGAGUACUUUGCGGACAUGGACAGGCAUAGGAUUGGUUUUAGGUACGCGGGCCCGGAAGACGAUGCAGCCAUUACCUUGGCUUUUAGCAAAAAGAAGAUUGAUGACCGAAAAGAAUGGUUAACCAACUUUAUGGAGGACAGACGGCAGCGACGAUUGCAUGGGUUACCUGAGCAAUAUCUGUAUGGCACGGCUACCAAGCACUUGACUUACAAUGACUUCAUUAACAAGGAGCUGAUUCUGUUCUCCAAUUCUGACAAUGAGCGAUCUAUCCCGUCGCUUGUUGAUGGUUUCAAGCCUGGUCAAAGGAAGGUUUUAUUUACUUGCUUUAAGAGGAAUGAUAAACGUGAAGUGAAGGUAGCUCAGCUGGCUGGUUCGGUUGCUGAAAUGUCUGCCUAUCAUCAUGGAGAGCAAGCCUUGAUGAUGACGGUGGUGAACUUGGCACAGAGCUUUGUGGGAAGUAAUAACGUGAGCUUGCUGCAGCCAAUUGGUCAGUUCGGUACCCGGCUACACGGAGGGAAGGACGCCGCCAGCCCUCGAUACAUCUUUACAAUGUUAAGUCCCCUGGCACGGCUACUUUUCCCGAGCGUGGAUGACAAUCUUCUCAAGUUCCUGUAUGAUGACAACCAGCGUGUGGAGCCGGAGUGGUACAUGCCGAUUAUACCAAUGGUGUUGAUAAAUGGUGCAGAAGGAAUUGGUACUGGUUGGGCGUGUAAACUUCCCAAUUAUGACACCAGGGAAAUCGUGAACAAUGUGAAGAGAAUGCUGGAUGGCCUGGAGCCAUAUCCAAUGCUUCCAAGCUACAAAAACUUUAAAGGUACAAUACAAGAACUGGGUCAGAACCAAUAUGCCGUGAGCGGAGAAAUUUUUGUUUUGGACAAGAACACAAUUGAGAUCAAUGAGCUUCCGGUUAGAACGUGGACUCAGGUUUACAAAGAACAGGUCCUGGAGCCAAUGCUCAAUGGAUCAGAGAAAACACCAGCCCUUAUUACCGAUUACAAAGAGUAUCAUACAGACACGACUGUGAAAUUUGUUGUUCGAAUGACAGAAGAAAAGCUUCAGCAGGCAGAAGUGGCUGGACUGCACAAAGUUUUUAAACUUCAGACUAGUCUUACAUGCAACUCCAUGGUAUUAUUUGACCAUAUGGGUUGUCUAAAGAAAUACGAGACCGUGCAAGACAUCCUGAAGGAGUUCUUUGACCUGCGAUUGCACUAUUACGGGCUGAGAAAAGACUGGCUAAUAGGAAUGCUGGGAGCUGAAGCCGCUAGGCUUAACAACCAGGCCAGGUUUAUCCUAGAGAAGAUACAAGGGAAAAUAACAAUAGAGAACAAAUCCAGGAGGGACUUGAUCCAAAUGUUGGUGCAGAAAGGAUUUGAGUCUGACCCUGUGAAGGCUUGGAAAGAAGCACAAGAAAAGGCAGCAGAAGAUGAUGAUCCUCAAGAGCUAAAUGAAGAUAAUUCCUCGGACGCAGGCACUGGUUCUGGGCCCGAUUUCAAUUAUAUUCUCAACAUGUCUCUAUGGAGCCUUUCCAAGGAGAAAGUAGAUGAACUGAUUAAACAAAGGGACAUAAAGAGCAAAGAACUUAAUGACCUCAAGCGAAAGUCUCCAUCGGACCUCUGGAAGGAAGACUUGGCAGCUUUUAUCGAAGAACUUGAUAAAGUAGAGGCCCAAGAAAAGGAAGAUAUCUUGGCCGGCUUUUCAAGAGCAAUAAAAGGCAAAGUUGGAAAACCCAAAAUGAAGAAACUGCAUCUUGAAGAGACUAUGCCUACUCUUGACGGCAGAAGGAUAGAGCCACAAAUUAGCGCCAUGAAGGCAGAUGCCAGUAAGAAAAUGCUCAAAAAGAAGAAGGGUGAAAUUGACUCAAUAGCACUGAAACUGGAAUUUGAUGACGAAUUUGGUUCCAUACCAGCGGAAGCAGGAGAAGACUCUCAAAAUAUCACUCCAAUAAAGCUUGUGAAACCCAAACGGGAGAGGAAAGAACCUGGUUCUAGAGCCAAGAAGUCCAUAUUAACAACUCCAAAAACCGGUUCAGUUAAGAAAGUGAAGAAACGAAACCCCUGGUCAGAAGAUGAACUAAAAUCCGACAGUGAUCUGGAAGAGGUGGAAGCGGAACCUGUGGUCAUUCCUCGGGACAACCUACUGAGGAGAGCAGCAGCUGAGAGGCCGAAGUACACCUUUGAUUUCUCUGAGGAGGAGGAUGCAGAGGAUGAUGAUGACGCUGGGGUUAUCGGUAGCAAUAAUAUUUUUAACGAUGUGAAACCGCGGUCGUCUCCUGUAACGAAUAGUCGCGACGACGAUGAAUAUAACGCUUCUGACAGCCAAGACAAGGAUGAAUUUGAAUUCUCUUCCUUCAAAUCCACGCCAUCAAUAGAAAAGACAACAGAAGCACAGAAGAAAAAAGACACGGACAUUUUCUCUUCUUGUUCGUUCUCUGAAAAAGUACAAGAAGAAAAGUCCAGUGAUGAGGAAGAACCCUCCUCGCCCCUUUACUCGUCUUCAUUUGCGUUUAAAUCUUCAGAAAAACCUGCAAACAAAAGCUCUACAAAGAAGGCAAAAACCCCUUCGGAUGGCACCCCAAAACCAAAACGACCUCCGAAGCCAAAGAAGUCUGAGGUCUUGGUGAAUUCUGAUUCCGACUUAGAGAUCGGCUCUCCAAAGAAAUCUACAACACCCAAAGCAAAAGGAAGAGGAAGGAAACGAAAAACAUCAGGUUCAGAGAAUGAAGGGGAUUAUGCUCCUGGGAAAAAAGGAACAAAGUCAUUGUCAUCCAGCAAAAAAUCAAAGAAACCAGCAUUUGACCAGGACUCAGACGGAGACAUCUUCCCAUCAGAAAUGGCGUCUGAAAGCGCAUCACGGCAGAGGCCUGGCCGGGCAAGGAAAGAAGUGAAAUAUUUUGCGGAGUCUGAUGAAGAUGACGAUUUUGUUAUGUUUUAAUCGUGUGCCCGACGAGCACAGAAACAUUUUUCCAACGAAGUAUCUUGUGUAGUCCUUUUUGUCCCUCCCGUUGCAGACUUUUGUACAUUUGUCUUAUUUUAAGUGAUGACGUAUUUGAUGGUUUUUAUUAUUGUGUAGACAUUUUAACAUUUUGUUGUUACAUAUACAGAUUUCUGCUCUUUUUUACUCAUGUCAUGUAUUUGUCUGGACUAUGCUUGUAGAAAUUGUUUUAGACACCUGUGCCUAGGCACAUAUUUUAAUUGUCCUGGUUGAAAAAGAAAAA